UAAAUUUUUAUAUUCUAACAUUUUUUGCUCUAAAUAACGACCCUGAGAAAUUCCAAUAGCAUAUUUCAUAAUGCACACGUGGAAUUUCACGAGGGGAGAAAAAAAUCGCUCAACCUGAACCCCUCUAUACAUCCAGGUCAUGCAUACAAAAAGACUCUUCGCGUAUGCCUUGUAAGAAUUAUUCUUUCGCAGGAACAUCUUCUAUGAUUAAAUUCGAAAAUGGAUGCUACCCCUAUUGGUUUGAAUGCCGACUUCGGUUACGUUAUUCUAGUGACCAUCUCAGCCAUCAUAAUGAGCUGGAAAGUGGGCUACCAAGUCGUGAGUGCCCGUAAAAAAUUCAAUGUUCAGUAUCCUAAAAUGUAUAGCGAGGACGAUCGGUUUAACUGCUACCAAAGGGCCCAUCAAAACACACUUGAGGUAUUUCCCAUCUACCUAGUCCUCCAAAUCUUCAGUGGAAUUUAUGCACCAAGGUUUUCGGCAGUUUGCGGGCUGAUCUUCGUGCUGGGACGACUGGUGUACGCCGCCGGUUAUCAGUCCGGGGAUCCCAAGAAGCGCCUGUACGGGACGUUUGCGUACAUUGGAAUCGGGGGAAUGUUCGUGUGUUCUGUCGUGUUCGCCCUGGAACUCCUUCAGAUUAUGAAAUGGUGAAGAUACGGAUGCUGACAAACAAGAGAGAGAGAGAGAGAGAGAGAGAGAGAGAGAGAGAGAGAGAGAGAGAGAGAGAGAGAGAUUUUAUCACUACAAGUAUUUAAUAUGCUCAACAAUUGGAUGAGUCAGCUAUUAUAUAUACAGAGUAUUUUCUCAGGGAUGUAGCAUUGGGGGGGAGGGGGUCAUUUUCACUGCCCCCUCCUAUUUUUUGUCGCAGCAAUGAUUUUUCUUAUUUACAUAUAAAAAAAAAUAGAAUUAUGAAGGAGUUGGCUCCCUACUUUUUGCGGACCAUUGGAACAAUAAUAGGCGUGCGUUUCACAAUAUACUUGUAAAUAAAAGAUUCCCAAUGGUACUUUAUU